UCCCCCCAUGACACCCCCAAUAUCCCACUGCCCCCCAGUCCCCCCAUGACACCCCCAAUAUCCCACUCCCCCCAGCACCCAAUAUCCCACUGCCCCCCAAUCCCCCCUGACACCCCCAAUUCCCCCCAUGACACCCCCAAUAUCCCACUCCCCCCAGCACCCCCAAUAUCCCACUGCCCCCCAAUCCCCCCUGACACCCCCAAUAUCCCACUGCCCCCCAAU